GACAGACCCCUGCCGCCACCGCCCCCGCCCCACACACACACACACACACCGACCUACAUGGGACCGAGAUAGGAUUCCUCAUCGUUUAAAACCGCUGGGAUUUUUUGAAUAAUCCUCGGGACAGAAUGGGAAGGAACUGGCACUACAUUGAUGAAGGGGAGGGACAGCGAGAGAAGGAAAGACAAAUACAGAAACAACAACAAUACCAAUCAGUGAACAAUCGAAAAGAUGACAUGGAAAUCCCAUCACACUACCGUCACUUGUUAAGGGAAUUGAAUGAACAGAGGCAGCACGGCAUCCUUUGUGAUGUUUGCAUUAUUGUCGAGGGGAAAAUCUUUAAAGCUCACAAAAACGUACUGUUGGGGAGUAGCCGCUACUUCAAGACUUUGUACUGCCAGGUGCAGAAGAUGUCCUCUGACCAGGCUACUGUGACCCACUUGGAUAUAGUCACUGCUCAAGGUUUCAAAGUCAUCAUAGACUUCAUGUACUCUGCACACCUAGCACUGACGAGCAAGAAUGUCAUUGAGGUGAUGUCCGCUGCCAGUUACCUGCAGAUGACAGACAUCGUUCAGGCGUGCCACAGUUUUAUCAAGGCAGCCUUAGACAUCAGCAUAAAGACCGAGCCACCGGAUUAUAUCAUGGAGUAUGACAUGGGAGCUCCCUCGAGCAGCAGCAUCGACGUGGUCACACCGGUGGCAGUGGGCAGGAGUAGCUCUCCCUGGUUGGAAAGACGGCGGACAAGCCCGGCAAAUUCAUCCGGAGACUCGGCCAUUGCCAGCUGCCAUGACGGCGGCAGCAGCUACAGCAAAGAGGAGCACGAGCAGAAAGCCGACAGCCACGACGACGUCUCCUCGCAGUCGCUCUGGUCCAGUGACAUUGGGUACAGUUCGUUCCGCGUGAAGGAGGAGCAGAUAUCUCCCUCGCAUUACGGAGGCGCCGAGCUGAGCGAAGCCCACCUCGGGAAGAGCAGCACCUUGGUACAGACUGGCUUUUCCGAUCAGGUCCCCGUGGUGUGGCAGCUGCCUGGACGCAAAAAGAAUCGUAAAAACAAACAGACGGUGCGCCAUAUCACACAGCACGUUGAGGUGGACAGCAGGGCCAGCUCCCCAAUGCCGUCAAUGCUCGCCGUCGGUGGCUGGCCGUACAACAGCCGAGACGGCACAGGUGCUGAUGUAACUGAACCAAGUAGUUCGGAUAGCAGGGGAGACCGAUCUGAUUUUUGUCAGAAUGCGGAGGAACCACUGGCUGGUGUGGAAUCGAGUUACCUGUCUCAGUUUGUUGCCUCGGUGAAAGAGGAGCAGCAGGUAUCCACGGUGGCCAACCUGAGAGCGGCGUUACUGAGCAAGCACAGCUUCUUGUCUGUAAAGUCCGACCAACCAGGAGACGAUAAAUCUAUUAUUUUCGAGUACUUGCCUAAAGGGCCUGGAAAUAACUUGAAUCAUUCAGAGGAUGCACAUGAUUACCAACAAAGAGACUUGUCUCCACUGACCUCCCAAUUUCCAGAGCCGAGUCCUCCCAGGACGUUGCAGUGUGAAGAACCAUUAUCGGAUCCAAUCUCACACCAACAGGCCGACUCACGCCAACAGCCUGACUCCCCGCAGCAGAUCAAUGUAGACAAUACCGAGGAGAUCUUGGCUCAAUCGUACGGAAGUGCCGAUUCAGGACUCGACGCCCGCAAUGCAGCGGAUUUCUCGACCGGUGAAGAGGCGGAGAUGGGGACUAGCUUCAUCGCAGACGACGGCUCGGCGAUCGGCAGUAGCCCGUUGCCAACUACAGGCCAGCAGCCGCUAGAUGAGUUUGCUUGUAGAUUCUGCAGCAUGAGAUUUAGCAGCCUUGAAAGCCACACCGAACAUGAAUAUCAACACGCGUUGUCGAUUCUGCCUCACAACAUCUCUAACCAGAUGAUGCCGCACACGACAAGCUUUCACAUGCUUCCUGUACUGGCCUUCCGGUACCAGUGCUCUAAGUGUCCUGCCAGCUUCACGUUGAAGUCGAACGCCGAGCGCCACGAGAAAACCGUCCACUUCAAGCGUAAAAAACUGGAGUGUUCGUUCUGCCUGAAGUCCUUCCGUGACAGAACCGACUUAAACCGCCAUGUCGCGUCGGUGCAUUCGUGCGAGCGGGCCUUUGUGUGCAGCGACUGCGGAAAGAGUUUUGGCGUGCAGAAAAACCUAAUGAAUCACAUGAAAAUUUGCAGUCAUAGUGGUGCCCAAGGAGACACUGAGCUCUCUGACCAACCUUUGGAUAGCCAGGCCCUUAAAGCAGAUGAGAAUGAUUGUAACAGUCGUACACCCGCACUUGAUUCCAAUCAGCAUCUCCCCACUUCACAGCUCAGCGACACAGAAUUGUCUGAAUAAUGAAUUUUGCUCUUGCUUGGUAUAGUGAACAUUUGGAUAGGUCUUCAGCAUUUACAUGGAGUACAUUUACAUUCUAUUACCUUGUGCACUUCCUCAGGCAUUUUCAAAUCUUAGUUAAAACAGAUUACACUUCCUACCGUAGACAAAAAUGCUGGAGAAACUCAGCGGGUGAGGCAGCAUCUAUGGGGAGAAGGAUCGCUCCAUAGAUGCUGCCUCACCCGCUGAGUUCCUCCAGCAUUUUUGUCCACCUUCGAUUUUUUUUCUCGCAUCUGCAGUUCUUUCUUGAACACUUCCUACUGUAGUUUGUCUUUGUACAUACUUCAUACUGACUUUGCAGGGCAAAGUUGCUCUCUUGGGUUGCUGAGCACUUUUUUAAUAUGGAUAAGUGUCGUGACUAGAAAUGGAAGAAUAAACAUUUUAAGCAAGAUCUAUAUAUUUAGUCAUUGGCUGGUUUUGUGGUGUCAAUGAUCCAAUUGUUACGGUUCUGGAAAAAACUGUUGAAAUCCAUUAUCUUUUUGUUAUUUAUUUUUACUUGUUCACGUAUCCACUUGUGUUUUUGUACUUUUUUUUUUUUUUAAUGAAAGGUUUUCAGACUAUGGGCUUAUCCUGAAACCUGUUUGUUCUUCAGAUGAGAUUAUUCACGUGUACCGAGGUACAGUGAAAAGCUGUGUUUUGCAUUCUCUCCUGCAGGAUCAGAGCUAUAACAGGAAUAUACAAUGAAGUACAAUGGGUGGAGCAAAGAGGAAGAUAGUAUAGAAUAGAGUUUUCGGCAUUGUAGCAUAUGUUUAAUGGGGCUGUCUGCGCAGAAGUCAAAAUAUUGCGACAUGUACACGAGAAGUCGAUAAAUGUAGUUUAUGUAUUUUAAUUGGGGGAAGUGCGUAUUUAGAGUAUUUAUCCCUGCAACUUGUCUUUAGAUUUAUAGAGCCAUGUUUAUUUGUGCUGGCAAAGCUCAGUAUUAAAUUCCGUGAGCUUCAUUAAGGAUUAUUAUUAAGAAAGUUAAAUAUAUGUUGUAUUAAUCACCCCGGCAAUGUAGAUGGAGAAUGAAUGUGGAAUACAAUGAAAGAUGAAGUUUGAAUUGACUUCACUGAUGUAGCCUAGUCUCGGUGUAGUGGCAUCAAAUAUUAGUUCACACGUCUUUACGUUAAUAGUCGAAAUAAAAUUAUUUUUUUCCCCCUAUUACACAGUAGUAGUCUACUAUUUUAAUCUAGUAAAAGUACUUUAGUCAACUAGUUUGGUCUGAAGAAGGGUCUCGAACUGAAACGUCACUGAUUCCUUUUCACCAGAGAUGCUGUCUGACCUGCUGAGUUACUCCAGCUUUUUGUGUCUAUCUUAAGUAGUUUACAGGGUUUAUGUCAUGGUUCAAUGUGCAGCAUCAUCUGUGGUAUUAGUGCAGGGCUUUUUGGUCACGUUCUAACUUUCAUCAUUAACCAUUUGUUUCUCAACUACUAAAUGUUAGCAUCCCGCUUUGAUAAGCAGUCAGUCUCAAAGUUUGUUAUUAGUUUUAUUAUUAUAUAUACUAGUUACUGUUUGCCUCUUAUUUUCUGUACCUUAAGGAAAUCAUGUAUGCCCUGAAAGAUAUCCACUGCUUGAUAAAUGACCAGUGUGUGUAACACAAAAUUCUCCAUGCAUAAUCUCUAAGAAAGUUGUUAAAAGUCUUUUCUUACUUGUUACUUUCUAGUACUUUCAACAUGUGGCUCAUGUUGUUGUGUGUCAUAAAAUUCAAUAAAUUUUAGAUUGUAAU